CACGCCUUCAACUCACAUUUUUCAGAUUCCCCACGCGCCCUGUUCUUCAGUGUUCGAUAAUAUACGUCGUGUAUUUGAGCUACACGCUCUAGUUAUACGCCUGGUGAUGAGUCAGAACUGCUUGCCUCCGUGUCCAUUUAUCAUCUUGCCCGGAAGAUAUUUAGUUUACUAUAAAUAUCUAAUUUCCCUUGAGUGCGAAAAUAUAAAACAUAUAAAAGAAGAAAAUCUCCGGUUGAUAAAAACUAUUUAAAUGAAGAGGAAUGGUGAAACCAAGCAGCGGAGAAACGUAGCGGAAGAGACGGAGCAAGGAGGAGGAGAUCCGGCUAUGUGGGAGGAUCUUGAUCGGAAUUUCAGACAAGUGCAAUCUGUUUUGGACAGAAACAGAUCACUUAUCCAGCAAGUCAACGACAAUCACCAGUCAAGAAUGGCAGAUAACAUGUCCAAGAACGUUGCUUUGAUCCAAGAACUCAACGGGAACAUAUCUAAGGUUGUUUCAAUGUAUUCUGACCUCAACACCAAUUUCUCAUCGGCGUUUCACGGUGGGAAGAACGGACGCGACGGUGGUGGUGCUACCGGAACCAGAGCUAAUUAAAUCAACCCUGAUCUUUUUCUUAGUUGGACCGGCCGGUUUAACAUUUCGAAUCAGUCGGUUUAACAUAUGGUCUAAACCAACCUGUUAUAUAAGUUAUGUUAGUGCAAUGAUUGUCGUUAGAAUAAUCCGUGGGAGAAAACCCAUAUGGGUUAUUUUAAUUAUGGUUCGAGUCUUUUUCAAUGUGUCUACUGCAAUUUCUCUAAUAAUAAAUAAAUAUUUAGACUUGAACGUUUUUUUUCUGGUUAUAUUGAGCCUCUUCUUAUUAUAUGAUCUUUGACAUUAAUGAAGGUUGUUGUUAGAUAAUUGCAACACUCACUGUACCCUUUAAUGGAGGCAAGCAGUUCUGCUCCACUAGCAACAAGCAGCAACAACAAUGGCAUGUGCUUAGAGGCAGCUAGCGAAAAGGAAUAUGACGCAGGCAGCGAGAGAGGUUGCAGGUCCCCUGCCAGCUUACAAGGGAGAUAGUUGAAAGAAUGAAGAAAUCUGUAAACCGUUGA